GAUAAAACAGUUUUUCUAAUCUAUCCUAUGUAUGUACCUUUAAUUUGAGUUUAUGGUGUCUAGUUGUGUGCCAGAUUGGGGAGGUGUGCGUUACAAUAGCGGUCACCAGGGACACGAUAAACACAGCUUGUAACGGAAGUGGGCUAGUGUGUAUUGACAGUUUCGGGGUGUUGGAUUAUCAUAUGGAAGAUCAAUCUUCUUAGGAAUAACGAUGGCAGCCGCAGCAAAACCCGGACCCUCGGGAAAAGCGCUCGCCGGGUGUAAUUUCGUGGCCCAGGACCAAAUUUGGAAAGACCACGUUAAUCAUGAAGAAGUAGCGUCUAAAUCUUGGCCAAACCAGUGGGGAUUUCUAACCACUAAAUACGAAGAUCUAGUAAAAGAUGACUUUCCAAAGAAAGAUGAAUCACAGAAGGCAGACUUAAAGAGCCUAAUGCAAGUUAAACCAGUCACACCCAUUGAGGAGUACAUUCAGGUGGAUCCCUCCCCAAAACCUGUCCCUAAAACCACUGCUCAGGCCAUAGGGUGGCGAUCUGCAGAAAAGACCCUCCAGUUAGAAAAAUAUGGGAAAUAUGCAAAACCCAAAGGAGGGCUUGUCAAACAGUUAAAUUGGCCCAUGGAGGGCAUUAUGUGAAAAUUAAUGAUAUCACAGUUUCUUUAAUGAUCAUGAGAAACUUGCUCAUAAAUAUGAAACCAGUAUUAUUUAUGACUGAUUUGCCUCUGGUGCAUUUUAUGUGUGCUAAAAUGAAAUGUUUUUAUUUUUCUGUAUGUCAAAAUCAUCAGGAAUUUUUUGUUUUAACUACUAUAUAGGAGAUUUGUGAAUUUUGUUAAUGUGCUAACAGAAUACUCCUUGUAAUAAAAUAAAAUAUAAUACUGUAUUAAAGGUUCAUAUUAGUAUUAGAUAUGCAUGUAUAUGUACCCAUCAGAUGAUAUUGAAAUUAGAACUCAUCUUUUUAAUUUACCAAGUCAUUUAUAAAGAAAAACAGUAUUGUGUAAUGACUGUGGACUGUUUUGAAGUGAUGUGAUUUUUUUGUGCUAUUUUUACGGAGAUUUGAUAUGUUGUAGAUAGAUAGCCUUUUUUAAAAGAUUUUUUUUCCCUCCAUUUUACGCAUUUAGUGUACUUUACUUGAACGUUGUAUGAACAAUGCACAGUCUUUCAUGAUAGAUAUAGUUUUAGAGCUACUUAAUGAAUGCUUUGUUAUAAAUCUUUAUUAUCACCUGUUCACAUUCCAUUAGUAUGCACUCAGGCAUGCUCUCUGUAUUCAGAUUGUUGUUCUUUUAUCAAGAAAUAAAAAAUCAUAAAAACAAUGUAA